GAGGCAGCCGACCUGCUGUCGCACUCGGGCUGGGACGUCGACGUGGCAAUGAGGCGGCUGCAGCUGUUGUUUUGUUCGCGCGACGGCAUCCUGUAUGACCUGAAUCCCCGUGUGCAGCUGGUCCGGUGCGGUGAACUCCAGGUCAACCACGUGCUACAUAGACAGCCUGCUGAUGGCGCUGUUUGGCGCCCAGCACUCGUGUGAUGGCCUGCUGUACAUGCGCGAGCUUGGCAACAAAGACGCCAAUGACCUGCUGGCUGUGUGCAGACUGCUGGUGAACUACAUUCGGGCCGGCGAGCUUAUCCCAGCCCUUGCGAUCGAGGAGUUCCGGGGCGCAUUGAUAAAGUGUGGGUGGCUGAACGAGCACGGCCACGGGCCUCUGAACCGAUACACGCAGCAGGAUGUCAACGAGCUGUAUAUGUUUCUGAUGGAUAAGCUGCAGAUGCCAUAUCUGGCCAUGCAGGUGCAGAUGGUGCAUGGCGCCGACCAGGACGAGGCGGAUAGUCGUAUGGUUACGCAGCGGGUGCUGGAGCUGUCAUUGCCGGACGAGAACGAGGGCAAGGACAAUGGCAAGGACAAUGGCAAGCAGGGAGAGCCGCGAGAAAUGGAGCUGUCGCCGAAUAACCCGUUCAAUAAGAUUACUCCGCCGCCACUGCCAGCUCGGCCAGCCGUCGAAAAGCCGCUGCUGCUGCAGGCGCUCUUGGAGCAGUACUUUUUCGACAACCGCGUGGAACAUCCUGGAGCGGAUUCUGAAAAAUCGCGGUGGCGAGGGCGCCGGGUCAUCAACCAAGGUCCAUACCAAUGCGUGGUCAUUCCUGUCGAUUUAUCCCGUUCUAUACGCCGCAGAAUGAGAUGGGCGACUCGGAAAGCUCCAGCAUGGCGGCAGACUACCCCGAGGGCGCACCGCUGAUUCUGCCUCUGCUGAUCAAGCGGUACAAGGUCGACAGCAGGGGCCAUGUCCA